AUGGCGGAGCCCUCCUUGCUUAAUGUGGAUAGUUGCAGAGCUCGUGGGCGCGCAUGCGCCCAUAACGUCGAUAGUCAGAAAGCGUCGAUCGAGAGCAGACUGGAGGAGAUGCUUGCCCUGCCUGACAGGCGCGAGGUCAACCAGCAUGGCGCGUCCUUUGCGCUGGGUUGGCGAGUGUUCGUCUCCAUUGCGGCGAGCUGGUUGUGCACACAAAAGGAUGCUAUCAUAUGGGGCCAGGAUGGUGUUCAGAUAGGCACAGAGUGGGCUAGGACGGGCGGGCGGUGA